AUAUGGGUGUGGGUCGGGGGUCAUGUAGGAGCCCACCGUUCCCCUCCCUGCAACCGAGCAACAGAGGGUAAAAGAAGGGGGAGGGUGAAAAGCAAGAAUGACUCAUAGCCGAAAGGAAGUGCUCAAGCCAUGGGAAGCAUGCUACGGGAGAUUUCCGAGGCAGCGCCGUGAGGGGCUGGGUGCCCCGGGUGAUGGGGACCCCCAACCCAACAUCUGGCCGCCGCUGCUGCUCGCCGGACAAUGGAAAAGGCGGCAAGGACCAGCAGCAGAACUCAAAGGACGAAAAGGAGCCUGAGGAGACAUCACCGAAAACACAAAGUGUCCCUGCAUCAGAGACCAGCAGCCAGGCGAUGGAAGACACAAAGGAGGAGGAGAAAUCCCAAGAUGAGGACUCCCAUGCAGCUUUCAGGAAUGUUGUGUUUCGAAAACCUGCACAAGUGAUUCUUGGUUUAGAUGAAUACGAACUGAGGUUAAAAACACAGCAACCAUGGAAGAAAAAUUUUCAUGAGAUAGUAGAAGCAAGAGCCCAGGUCAUGCAGCAGAACAUGUUAGAGAAGGAUAGCCUGAAGAAGGAACAAGAAAAGAAGACUGCAAAAAAUCUCCCUAGGGAUGACUUGGCCAAAGAGUGGUUUAAUAUUGAAAGCAUGACACUAAGUCCCCGGGCGUACUUGCUGGACAAGCUUCUACCCACCUUGAUUCCGGGAGUAGAACACAUGUUAAUGCAGGUAGAAAAGAAGAAACUCUUGAGCCGAGCUGAUAUCCCAACGAAGUUUGAUCCAAUUAAUUACUUGGGGGAAUAUUUAAUGAGAAAUAAUACUCACUAUGUCAAAGACCCAGGAAUGUCUGGUUACCAGAGGGUGAUGAAAGAAGUCACAGAGAAACUGAAGAUACAUGUUCCUGGUACAAUCAGCAACAGAGUAUCCAACAUGAAGGAGAAAGUUAAGCAAAAGAGAGAACAAAGAGAAUAUAUCAGCACAGUCAAAGUCAAGGUGGCCUCCAUGAGAAAGCAGGCUCUGGAGGAACAGUUCAGUGAAUGGAUUCUCAACCCCAGAGGAAUGAUUCCUAUAGUUGUGGUUCAGAAUGUCCUUUAUGAUUUUUUUCAGAAGCCAGAAUUGCAACUUGAAUCACAUUGCAAAGAUCUGAUUAUGAUCAAAUCUCUGGAACCUGGAUUGAACCAACAGCAAUUUAUACAAUACAUCUCUUCACACGUUGCAAACUUGAAGAGUGAAGUUUUUGAGAAACUCAUUAAACACCUUUGCCACUAUGCUGAAGGAUUCCGGGAGAUCGUAAAAGCGGACAUGCGGAGACAGAUGUUUGCUGAACUCUUCCUCUAUUGUGACAGUGGAAAGGUGAAGGCCUUGGAUCGGCAGAGGACACUGGCCUUGCUGGAAACAUUCUAUGAUCAAAGCUCACAAACUACGAGGAGUUUACUCCGAAACCCAAGACAAUGGCCAUUAAUUGAAUUUGAGGAGAUAGAGUUGCCUGAGUUCUGGGGAGAUAUGGAUAUGAAGAAGCAUAUUUAUGAAGACUUUGAUGAGGUGCUCUUAAAAAUGAAUGUGAUAAUGGCUGAAAAACUUGCUAGCAAACUCCAAGAAAAUGAAGAUCAGCAGAGAGAGACAAGUGCAGACCAAGAACCAUCCCCAGAGUCAGCCACAGAGCCAGGAACACCACUGACUUCAGAACAAGGAGCCAGCAAAGGAAAGAAACCCCACAAAGGGUCUCUUACAGGACAAGGACAGGGCAAAGGGUCGCGCCUAUCAUCCAGUUCAGGACAAGGAUCUCGCAAAACGUCAGUAGCAGAGCCAAGAUCGCACAGAGGAGGGUCAGUGGCAGAGCAAGGGUCCCACAGAACUUCUGCAGCCGAGCAAACACAGCAGAGAGGGUCCGUUGCAGAGCAAGCGUCCCGCAGAACUUCCGCAGUCGAACAGGAGCCACAGACAGAGCAAGACCUAAACAGUGACUCCGUGUCAGAACAAGAACCACACAAAGGGUCAGUCAUAGAGGAAGAAGGAUCACAGAGAGGGUCAAUUUCAGAACUUGAGCAACACAGAGCAUCAAUAGCAGAAGAGCGCAAAAGGUCAUCUGUAGAUACUGGGUCUCGUAGGAGUUCAGAAGCCGGGUCGCGCAAAGGAUCAUUGAUAUACCAAGGACAGCGCAAAGGAACUGGAGGUCAGCGCAAAGGGUCAGCGGGACGCAAAGCGUCAAAUUCAGAAUAUGAAACACAUAAAGAGUCCAUAACAGAAGAGCCACAGUACGAGUCAGAACAAGGAUCGCCGACAGACACCAUUCUAGAAGAACCAGACGCAGAAUCAACCUCACAAUUAGAAGAAAGCGGCACCUUAAAAGAAAGUGAAGCCUCGAAAUUCGAAAAAAUGGAAUCUCAAGAAGAAAAGCCUUUGCCGACCAUAAAAGAAAAGCAAGCCGCCAUAGAUUCCCAACAGCGUGAGGAAGUUCCCGCAAACAGCAAAAAGCCAGGGGGCAGCAAAAAAGAUCGCCUUCCAGUAGGAGCUUCAAAAAUGAACUCUGAGAAAGACAAAGCCUGCGAACCGAAGCCCCAACACAUAGAAGGAAAAUCAUGGUCAGGUGAAUUUUUGGCCUGUGACUGGAAGGUACAAUCUGAAGAUGAGGAGCAGGCAAAAUUAAUCUACGGUGACUCCAGAUUCACAGACCUGCAUGCGAUUGUUAGAAAUAUUCAGACUUAUAAGGAAAUAAAAGGAAGGAGUGCCUUCGAUGGAGUUUCCCUCAACUUGCUGCAGUUUGUGCAACUCCUAGAGACAUUUGUGGGUGAAGACACCCCCUUAAGUGUCAGCCAGAGUCUCACCUCCUUCUUUCAGAAGAACUAUUUUGAAACAAAACAAGAGAAGAUGAAAGCCUUGGAGCAGGCUAGACAGAACGCUUUCCGAGUCCGACGGAUACUACUUCUAGAAGCCCUCUUCCAGAAGUGGGACAACGAUGGCUCAGGCUUUCUGAGUCUGAAUGAAGUGGAUGAUCUCCUGUAUACAUACAAGGAGGGAAUGGAAAGAGAGUCUAUGAAGAAAGCUAAACUGCAUAUCCAAUUUCCAAAGCCACAUCCUGGUCAUGAAAUAAAGUUGUCUUCAGAGCAGUUUCAGAAGUACAUAGAAUUGGUUGUGUCUGAACUCAGGGGCAACGAGGACCAAGUUCUGGACAGUGUUGUAGAGUUUCUGAUGAGUUCUUUAGAGAGGAGCCACACUGAGGGUCUAAGGAACUGUGCAAGACGGAAGUGGCUCCAUCAGAUCCAACAUGCUGCAGAGACAAGUGGGGUGUCCCUGGAGCCAGUGUAUGCCGAGACCUUUAGGGCCCUCACCCAGGAUGCUGAAGCUCAUGGAAAUAAGAAGAUCAGUGCUCACAUUUCCCUCUUAGAAGAAAACCUCUUCCUGCCAGAGAGAGGGGAUGUUCUCUUGAGGAAUGUGGCUUGUACCCUGGAUGAUGCUCCCUUUGUACUGAACAAAGUGCUCUACAGGGACAUGAAAGGAAUCAGUUUUACAGUAGUGGAUGAAGGCAAGCCAAUCCAUGUCCCACAAGUUCAGCACCAUGGGAACAUCUUCUUCUGGAAUAGUUCCCGCAGGAAGAGUGAGCGUCAUGGGUCAUUCCUGGCUCUGCCUCUUCAUGAUGCAUAUAUGAGGAUCUUUGGGGUCCUGGCAAUUGACACUCUUCGAGAUCCCCGUGAAAUAAACAUCUUCCUACAUCAUGAGAUCAAAUUCUAUCAGGGUGUUGCCAAGGCCUUCAGCACUGCCUAUCACCACGUUCACAGCAGGGAGCACAUCCUGCACACUGUGAUCACUGGCAUCAGGUGGCUCUUCAAUAUCACAUCCGGCAUCACCUCCAUCACUACGUGCUUUAUUGAGCCUAGCUCAGAACAGGAAGACUAUGUUUUACGCAAAAUGAUGGUUACAGAGUAUCUCGGUCUAACAGAAAUCCAUACAGAACCCCCAACCAUUUCGAGGAAGUCGAGCAUUUUCAGAGAUUUUCUCUUUAAGUGCACAGACACUUCGGAAGUUAUCUUGGCUUCUAGCAGUGGAGAAACCCACAUUGUAAUUCCACUUCGCCAAAGAACAAAAGAGGCUAUGGGAAUCCUCGAUGUUAACAUCGGCCAGACUAGGAUGUUGAUGUAUCAAGAAUAUAAAGAUCUACAGAAAAUGACGAAGAUGAUCCAAAAUGCCUGCGAUGAAAUACUGGGCGAAUUCUCUGGAGAAAUCAAGAAAAACGAGGUCAUAGAGAUGGAAAAGGCCGGAGAAGUCACGAGGGCAGGAAUUCUCUUCUUCCGGGUCAUGUUGCAGGAGCUUCGGGAGUGCCUUCAGCUCCUCACAUCCAUGGACUUUGUGUCUCUGCUGCUCUAUGAGCACAGACCUCGCGAGGAUGUGACGCUUUCUUCAGACAUCGGUUCCCAGUAUAUAGACGCCAACGUGGCCCUUGUGCAUGACAUUCUGAAAGGAUCUAUCUUGUUCUCUCAGCAGGAUAUAGAAACUUCCAGUGACUUGGAAGAGUGGGAAAAGUGGAAGUUUUACAUUAACAAGUACUUAGUUGAGGAUCUUUGUGUGUUUGAUCCAACGGCUAUCGAUAUGAACAUUAACGUACAGCUUGUUAUGGACUAUGUCCUAGCGUUCUGUCUGCAUGUUGGAAGAGAGCACCAGCUCUCAUUACAGAUGGUUGUAAGCCACUAGGUGGUUGCUGGGAAUUGAACUCAGGACCUCUGGAAGAACAGCCAGUGCUCUUAACCUCUGAGCCAUCUCUCCAGCCCUAAUCAGAGGAAUCUUAAGUCAAGGUCAUCCUCAGUUACAUGACAAGUUCAAGCCAACCUGGAGUAUAUGAAAUCCUGUCAAAAAGAGAAAGAAAGAGAAAAGAAGAGGAAACAUCACACACUUCGGAAAUCCGCAGCUUGGUGGUUUGGUUAAUACACCAAGUUGUGCGAUCAUCACCACUGUCCAAUUCUAUGAUGUUUUCAAAAGAAGCUGCAGCCCCACUAGCACUCACUCCCUCUCUUUCCUCACUCUGUCCCCAGCAUCUGCUGAUCUGCUUCCUGUCCGUUCGGAUGUGCCCAUCCAGACUGUGAUAUAAAUGGGAUUAUAGACUAGGCGGCCUUUGUAUCUGGUUUCUUUCAUUCACUGUAGUGUUUUCAGGGCUCACUUACAUUUUAAUGUAUAUUAGUUGUUCAUUCCUUUCUUAUGACUGAGUUAUCUAUAUAUUGGUAAUCUGUAUUUCACUUAUCCAUUUAUCAGUUCAUGGGCCUCUGGGGUUUUUGUUUUUGGCUCUUGGGAUUAUACCAGGAACAUUUGUUUAUAGUUUUUUUUGAAUGUGCAUAUUCUGUUCUCAUGGGCAUAGACCUUAGGAGUGAAAUUGCUAGGUCAUGUGGUAGCUCUGUUUUACUUUUGUGGAAACGUCUCUAUGGCUUUUUAAGUCCAAAGUUGCUACUGAGGUAUUGGAAGCUUUUCUUGUUUCUGAUUUUCCAAGCGUUACCUUUGUCUUGCUUCUCCCUAGAAGCUAUAGAAUCACCCCUUUAUCCCCAACGUUGUGAAAUUUCAUAAUGAUAAUCUUGGACAUGGCUGUUUUCGUCCAUUGGUCUGCAGUGCUUGCUGGGCCUUUUCAGUUGUGAAAUCCAGGUCCUCACCUCCUAGAUACUGACAGAGCAUCAAGGUUGCUAUUAUAACUGUGCAAGCUGCACACUGCAUGAAGGUGCCCCACUGAGGAGGUGAGUGGCAGCUAAAAUCUAACGUGGAUUUCACUUCCUGAGGCCACGCUGCGUCUGCUUGGAAGUGGCCUCUUUUUCUCCACAGGCCUUUUCUCUGCUCCGCCAGCUGCAGGACAGUACAUUUACCCAGGACAGGUGACCUGGAGGCUGGUGCUGACUCUCCUCUCCCUUUCCUAUGUUCAGACAUUGCUUCUCCUAGACUCGAUCUUCAAAAUCCUUCUUUUUAGUGGCUAGGGUAUAGCUCCGCAGAUCUCUUACUAGCUUGCAUGAAGCCCUAGGCUUGAUUCCCAGCAUCUUUAAAUAGGUAAACAAAUGUCUUAUUUUCUAUCCUAUUUUCCAUCUCUUUGCCCUUUUGCUUUCCUUUCAGGUAAGCUCAGUCUUCUCGGCUGAUUCCGUGGCUGGGGAGGUGUGCGUGUUUGAUGGCGAAGAACUCCCCUGUCGCUGUGCUCUAAGCUCUCCCUGCCUUCAGCCUCCUGUUCACAGUUCAGGCAUUGCUAAUGGCAUCUUGAAGUUUUCUCCUCCCUGGAGUUUCUCCCCUUCCUUUCUCUUUUGGUGUCUGAAUAUCUGUGUCUCAGAUGAAAUGGUUUGUUUAAGAGUGAAAUGACUUCCAGUGUCUGUGCAUCUCUAACUUCUUUAUCUUGAGCUAUCAGCUCCCUGUGUGACAAGAGUCUUCUGUUACUCUGUCUGGAGAGGAAAGAGCCUGUCUUCCCGAAUUCUAGGGCCUAAUGGGGAAGUCUGCAGGACCUCCACAUUUAGAACACAUCUUAGCACCUCCCCAUUUUCAUCGGGGAACUGCCAGCUCAGUCUAAUGCCCCACUCUGAAACUCUCUGUGUUAUCCUGAGAUAUUUCUAGAAGUGGGAGACGAAGUCCCCCGGAGCUGUAAUAUGAGGAGGAUUCCUAAGAACUCUAACUUUCCUGAUCAGCAUCUAGACACCUUUCUGAGUCCUGUGAGGUUCCUGGGAUGUGCAGUAAGUUUGGUCCAGGCCUUCUCCAUUGAUGUAAGAGUCUGCUUUCUCCUGUUACCAUUGGCAUUCAUUCAUCGCUGCUCACUUCUAAAACUUGAUCGCUUCAGCCUUUGCUCAACCACUUUUUAAAAAGUGUUGACUAUGUGCCAGACUGUUUUAGGACCUUGGGAAACAAUAGUGAGUAAGCUGACUAAGGUCCCCGCUCUCAUGAAACUUACAUGGCCUGCUGUCAGGAGAGUCAUCACCACCUGGGCUAGUGUGAGCUCUUAUCUAAAACAAAAUCAAAACCCUACAGACCUUAUCCAUCCAGAGGAGAGCCGAGAAUCAACGGCACAGUGCUGGGCUACAGCUCAGUGGCAGAGCACUGGCCUACAGGCACAGAGCUCUAGAAUCCCUUCCCAGUAACACAUACACAUAUACACACAGCAGAAAACAUAAUAAAUGUAUAAAAAACACAUGCUAAAAUGGGUAAGCAUGGUAAGGCAAUUGAGUGCAUUUGGGGGAGACCGGGAGGAAACAUGGGGUGGAGUUUUGUUUUCUCUUAGGUGAUGGUGUGGCUCCCACCUAAGGUCUUGUUGUCUGAAGGAGUACAGAUAUAAAUAGUCAGAUAGACCUUGUCAAAAGGUGAAAUUGAGUCAAGGAAAUCAGCUAUAUAGAUAACUUCUGUGGAGUGUGCGCCAGGCAGAGCAUAGAGUGACUGCAAAGGCCAUAUAAGGCAGGAAUAUGCAGUGUGUUGAAACAUUCAGGAGGACAUCGUGUCAGGUGCAGAGUAAGAGAGUUAGAGAAACAUUUAAGAUGAGGUCAUGGGGUUGGGAAGUGGGCAGAAACAGUCAGAGCCUCACACCAUCAUAACAUAAUAUGAGAAUAGAAUGUAAGCAGAAGUGUUUCAUGACAUGCCUUAUGCUAUGAAAGAAUCACUCUAAUGGCUAGAAUAGUGGCUCAUACUUCCAGCACUCAAAGGCUAAGGCAGAAGGAUUAUGAAUUCAAAAGUCAACCUGAGUUAUAUGGCAAGACCCCAUCUAAAAAAUAAAUAAAAUAAGGAAAUAUAAGGAAUUGGGCAUGGUGAUGCCCAUUUUUAAUUCCAAAAUUUGGGAGGCAGUCAGGCAGAUCUAUGUGAGUUCAAGGCCAGCUUGGCCUAUAUAGUGAGCUCGAGGCCACCCAAGACUACCUAGUUAGACUCCAUUGAAAGAAAGAAAGAGAUUGAAGGGAAGAAGGAUGAAGGAAAUAAAAGAACCAUUCUGCUUCUGUGACAAAAAGGCCUUUCCGGGGUGGGGGUAGUCAAAGAGAAUGCCCAGAGGAGCUGCUGCAGGAAUUUACAUGGGAAUGGUCCUGACAGAUGGUGAAAAGUGGUCGGAAGAUAUAUAGUACAGAUUUUGGUUAGAACCAAAAUGUAACUACACAGCUUGGGUGUGAAAUGUGAACAGAACAAGAGCCAAGGUGGACUAUGGUUUGGGAGGAUGGAGGAGCCAUUAGUGAAAUUAAAAAACACUGUAGGGAAGAGAAUCGGUGCAGGGAGAUGAAGAGUUCCAAUCUGGGGGCUGGAAAGAUGGCUCAGCUGCUUUAGCUUGCUGAGAGAGUACUUGGUGCUCUGGCGGAGGACUGAUGUUUAGUUCCCAGCACCCACAUCUGAUGUGGCUCACAACCACCUGUCACUCCAGUUCCUAGGAACCCAGUGCCCUAUUCUGACUUCCAUAGGCAUUCACAUGCAUACACACAGGCACGUAUAUGCACACACACAAAUAAAUGAGAUAAAUAUUGUUGAAGCAUUCACAUCUGGCAUGCUGAGGUUGGGCUGUCUAUUGGGCAUGUGAGCAGAGAUGUGAGUAGGUAACUAUAAAAAGAACUCUGAGAUUCUGAAGAAAGCUCUAGGUGGGGAUAUAAAAUUGAGAUUUAUUGGCCAAUAGAUGAUGCCUUAGUUAGGGUUUCUCUUGCUGCAAAGACACAGCAUGAGCACAGCAACUCUUAUAAAGGAAAAACAUUUAAUUGGGAUGGUUUAUAUUUUCAGAGGUUUAGUCUAUUAUCAUCAUGGUGGGCAAUGGUGACAUGCAGGCAGACAUGGUACUGGAGAAGGAGCUGUGAGUUCUACAUCUUGACCUGCAGGCAACAGGAAGUGGUCUGAGACACUGGUUGUAUCUUGAGCAUAGAAGACCUCAAAGCCACAGUGACACACUUCCUCUAACAAGGCCACACCUAUUCCAACAAAGCUGUACAUCCUAAUAGUGCCACUCCCAAUGAGUUUAUGGGGGCCAAUUACAUUCAAACUACCACAUUCCACUCCCUGGCCCCCAUAAGCUUGUAACAGUACAAUAGUGCAAAAUGCACUUAGUCCAAUUUCAAAAGUCCCCAUAGUCUAUCACAGUCUCAACAAUAUUUUAAAGUCCAAAGUUCAAAGUCUCUUCUAAGAUUCAUGCAAUCUCUUAAAUGUAAUCCCCUAUAAAACUGAAAUAAAAAAACAGAUCAUAUACUUCCAACAUAUAAUGGAACAGGAUAUACGUUACUGUUCCAAAACAUAGGGAAGGGAGCAUAAAGAGGAAAUAGUGGACUAAAGCAAGACCAAAAAACAGCUGAGCAAACUCCAAACUUUGCAUCUCCAUGUCUGAUGUCAAAACGCUCUUCAAAUCUCCAACUCCUUUCAGCUUUGUUGACUGCAACACACUUCUUUCUCUUGGGCUGGUUCCACUCCCUGUUAGCAGCUUUUUUUCAGCAGGUAUCCCAAGACUCUGGCAUCUCUAACAUCUUGGGGUCUCCAAGGCAAUCCAGGCUUCUCCUUCAUAGCUUCAUACAACGGCCUCUCUGGGAUAUUCAGGGACACCAAGACACAUGCCUGGUGGCCUCAGUGGCUUUCCUUAGUCAUGGAGGAAGAUUCCUUUCUUCUAUCCUUGACUCUAAAGCCAGAAACAUGUAGCCAAAGCAGCCAAGUUCAGCUGCUUGCCUGGGCUGGAACAUGACCCCCUGGUUCAAUUACAUCUUCACAGGCUUUCUGCUUCCCAUGGUUUCCUUCACUACCUAAGCUUGACUGUCCUGGAGCUCAACCUAUAGACCAGGCUGGCCUUGCACUUAGAGAUCUGCUUGCUUCUGUCUCCAGAAUGUUGGGAUUAAAGAUGUGUACCACCACACCUGGCUCUAAAUUUUUCUUUUAAUCCCUUUUCACAAGGUGGAAACUUAGCUGGGUGAGAUCUUGCCCUGAGGUCACCACUCCCUGUUUUCUAUUUCUUAAUCUGCUUAUCUCCUUGAACACAGGACUUAGCUCCAAUCCACUUCCUGGUGCUCCUUUUUUCCUCAAAUUGUACAUUUUGCAUUUUUCCUUGUUCAUCUUGCUCCUUUUCAUUAUAAAUCUGUAGAAGAGUGACUAGCAAUAACCACACAACAGAGUGAAUACUAGGCUGUUCCAAGAUUUCCUUCGCCAGGGGAAUUAAUCCAAAUCUCUUCACUCUAACCUCAGGCAGACUGUUUAGACAAGGGCAAAAAGCAGCUAUAUUCUUCACCAAAACAUCGCAAGAAUGAUCUCUAGGCCACAUAUUAAUAUUCUUCUCUUCUGAAACCUCUUGAGCCAUCCCCCACCCCACAGUUUAAAUCAUCCUCAACACCACUGUCUUCCAUGCUCCUACUAGUAUGGCCCAUUAAGCCACACUUAAAGCAUUCCACUGCUUCCCUAACUCAAAGUACCAAAGUUCACAUUCCUCCAAACAAAAACAUGGUCAGGCCUACCACAGCAAUACUUCAGUCCCUGGUACCAACUUCUGUCUUAGUUAGGGUUUCUAUUACUGUGAAGAGAUACAGUAACCACACAACUCUUAUAAAGGAAAAUAUUCAAUUGGGUGGCUUACAGUUCAGAGGUUCAGUCCAUUAUCAUCAUGGUGGGACAUGGCAGCAUGCAGGCAGACAUGGUGCUGGAGAAAGAGCUGAGAGUCCUACAUCUUUACCCGCAGGCAACAAGAAUUGGUCUGAGACACUGGGUCUAUCUUGAGCAUAGGAGACCUCAAAGCCCCACAGUAUACAUUUCCUCCAAAAGGCCACACCUCUAAUAGUUCCACUUCCAAUGAGCUUAUGGAGGCCAAUUACAUUCAAAUUACCACAGAUGAUUUACGAAGGGAGGAGUGAAGACAGUUCUUUAGAUGUUUUGCCACAAAGGGAGCAUAGAAGCAGGUUUGACUAGGGUAUGUUACCAAAAGGUUGGGAGUUUCUUCCCUGAACCAUGAAUUUCUGUAAAGAUAAAUUACACUGACUGAGCCAUAGUGAUGUGAGUGCCCUGCACUGCCACCUGAGGUCAUGGCCACGUCUGGGUCCAUACUGCCACCAAAGGCCACGUCUGGGUCCAUGGUCCCACUGUGGCCAGGGUCCGUGUCACCACGGAAGGCCACAUGCAUGUCCAUGAUCUGUGCUGCAGGCUGAAACUACAAUGAUAUCCACGGGCUGUGCUGCCACCGAGGGCCAUGUGGAUGUGAAGGGCUGUGCUGCCACCUGAAGCCAUUUUGAUAUCCUUGGCCUGAGCUGCUGCUGAGAGGUACGAUGGUGUCCAUGGCCCAUGCUGUGGCAGAGGGCUGUGUUGAUAUCCAUGGUCUGUACUGCCACUGGAGACCAUGCUGAGGUCCAUGGCACAUACUGAUGCUGGAGACCAUGUGGCUGUCCGUGGUCUGUGCUGUGGCCAGAAACCAUGAUCCAUGCUCCCACUGAUUGGAAAGGGCAAGGGAGCUACUUUAGCCAUGGUAUUGAUGACUGCAGACUCAAAAUUGAGAAAGAAGAACUUAAAAGGCUUCUGUAACAACCCCCCAAAAAGUAACAACCUAAGCAGAAAGCUGUAGAAGAGAACUUAAAAAUUGUAAUAAAGGGGGCUGGAGAGAUGGCUCAGAGGUUAAGAGCACUGGCUGUUCUUCCAGAGGUCCUAAGUUCAAUUCCCAGCAACCAUAUGGUCCUGAGUUCAAUUCUCAGCAACCACAUGGUGGCUUAUAACCAUCCUUAACGAGAUCCGGUGUCCUCUUCUGGCCUGCAGGCAGACAUACAGGCAGAACACUGUAUACACAAUAAAUAAAUAAGUAAAUCUUUUUUAGAAAAUUGUAAUAAGGAUGCUGAAGUGUAGCUCUCCACAAGUGAUGGCUUCUGGCAGGGGCUGGGGCUGGAUGGGGGAGGACUCAGUUUUCUUUAAGGGGCUGACCACCGCGAGUUUAACCACGCUCCAGUGACUGUGCGGGCAACACAAAUUGGACUUGUUCUUUUGUUCGUUUGUUCGCUUGUUUGCUUUUUUCUUUUUCUUCUUUUUUCGGGGAGGGGGGGUCAAAAGGGCGGGUGUGGGCAAACCUGAGAGGCCUGGGAAGUGCGUGUGCUGGGGUUCAGGAUGUGAAAUUCCCAAAUAAUCAAUAAAAAUAUUAUUUAAAAAAUUACACUGACCGAUGUUGACACAUUUGGUUUAUGGCUACGUUGUUUAAAAAAAAGUCCAGAAUGGGUGCUUUGUACAGCAAUCGUGCGCACAGCGGGAGUGGAACUAUGCGCUUUCAAGAGCUCGUUAUCCGUCCUGGAACAAACUUCCACCUCAGCUAUAAUAAAUCAAAAAACAAGAUUUCCUCCCUGUUCAACACCGAUCCGUUCCUGUUAGGCCUGGGAGGUGUCUGCCUUUGGGACAACUGUAGAUGUAUCCAACCUUCUUAUUAAAUAAUAAACACAGAACCAAUGCAAAGAAGAAAGCCAAGAGGUCAGAGCUAAGAGCUAAAACCUUACCCUUCCUCCUGCGGUGGUCCUACCUCUCCGAACCAGAGCUACCCCUGUGUUAAAGUCUUUAUAUAGAGUUCCUGUCCUGCCUUCUCAUUGGUUGUAAACCCAACCACAUGACCGCCUCCUCACAGCCUGUCUGUAUAGGCCUCCAGGUUUUCCAUGAUUGGUAUUGAGAUUAAAGGCAUGUGUAUCCAAUAAUGGCUGUAUCCCUGAACACACAGAGACUUACCCAGCUCUGCCUACCAAGUGCUGGAAUUACAAGCGUACGCUACCACUGCCCUGCUUUCCUAUGGCUUGCUAAUAGCUCUGACCCCCGGGCAACUUUAUUUAUUAACAUACAAAUAAUAUUUUAAUACAAAUAAAAUAUCACCAUAUUUCCCCUUUUCUAUUUUAAUAAAAAGGAAAAAAAGAAAAAACUUAUAACUAAUAUAAGAAAAACUAUAUACAAAAGUACAAUAACUAUAUACAAUAUAUACAAGUAAUAAAUACCUAAACAAUGUCUAGUCCAUUUGUAUUUGACAAAUUCAGAGAAAAUAAUUUCAUUAUCUAUCCUAUUUUGGUAAGUCCAAAAUGUAUCCUAAUUAAUCUUCAACUAUAACUAACUAAUCUUCAACUCCCUCAGAGACCCAAGAAGGAAAUAAUAUUAGCUAACAAAAAUAAAAACAGGAAGUGCACAUAAGCAACUUCCAAAAAAUUUGUGAGUUGACAGAAACAGACAGCUGUCUGGACAGUCACCUGAGGUUUCUCCGAAGUGCUGGGGCAUCAUCUUCAGCCUAUAGGCUUAGCAUAUCUGACAGACUCAUUUGUGAAGUAGGAUGUACACAAGGUCAACAGUUCAACCUCACAUUGAGUGAGAGUAGUCCAUGGACCAGAAACACCUGAAUUCCACUAGUGUCAUGUCAUGAUUCAGGAUUUUAAAUUCUGGAAAUUGUUGAUGGUUUUUUAAUUCAGCUGUCCAUUCUUCUUGGCUGUGUAUAUAUGGCUUCAUCUCAGCAUCCCAUUCUUCUCCAUAUCCCUCCAUCAAAUGCCAGUCUACUAUUGAGAGGCGUGAGCUUAGUUACUCUUCAAGAAUAACUGUUUCAGCUGCUGUUCCAUUGCACAUCAGAGGCCAUCGGCCCACUGCCUGUUCAGCUGCCUUCGAAGAAAAGGGCUCUGUACCUUUUUCGAAUUGCGAAGGCCACUUCAGGGAUGGUGCCAUAUUGUCCUGGCCUCUGAAGAUGCCUUUUGAUAAAGCCAUAACCACACUUGUUUUGGCAAGAAUCAGUAAUCCUUUGUUUUAUGUCCUGUCUGUCCAUUUUGUCCUGUUGAUUCGAGGAUACUUUGUUGUCCAGUGGCUAACUUUUGCCACAAUGAAAGUUAACUCCAUAUGCAGUUUCUUCAAUGCCCAUAUUUUCUCUGAAGUAGAUUGAUACUGCCAGGAGCCGACAUGUCUCAUAGUCAUAACAAAAAAGAAAAAUUUUCUAAGUUAUUAAAACAUUUUAAAUGCCAUAUUCUGUAGAUCUCUGAAGUGUUUGAAGAUAACCUGUCUAUCUAAAAUAUAUCUACUCAAUCUUGAAAACAUACCUAAUAUAACUACAAGUUCUAUUAUAAUAUCUAACUACUAACUUUCAUUUCUUUAUAUCCUAAUAGUUGGUAAUAACAUUCAAGGAUCAGAAAAUUGCAUUACAUUGUUAGAUGAACGGUACAAUUAGAAAAAUAUAUAUAAUAUUUUCUAACAAUAUCAAUUUCAAUAGACAACAGUCAAUCCACAGCGCCCAGUUGUCAUCACCAAGUUCCCCUGCCCAUGUGAAAAUAGAGCUGAAAUCUGCACGCACGUCUCCUUCCAGUAUCCGUUCUGGACAGACCUUUAGCUUAUUGUGACCAGCAGUAAUGCUAAAUGAGUAAAUUUUAAAAUGACUCAGGGAGUGUGAAGCAACAGAAACAGAGAAACCACACUGAAGGAGCUCAUGGAGAAGGAAAACAUUCAAGAACACCGCUGGCCCUGGCUCGGUCGGGAGCUGGAGGAAGCCGUUCAGCUUUUGAGCUUGAAGUUGGUACUUCAUUCUCUUGGCUUUGCCUGUUUUUACUCAUUGUCUAUGCUUCCCGGGGGAUUUGGCUUAAUUAACCCAUUGGUAAAGCAGAGAUCCACAAAUUGAGGUUUAAUUUUAAAACAUGCUUUUUAUAGUCUAAUGUUUCCAGCAUAAUGAAUUCCCUGUGUAAUUAAAAGUUUGAUUAAAGUGGGACCUAAAAAUACCAUAAUAAAAGCUUUCUCAAUACAUCCCUGUACAUAGUCAAAGGCUUACUCUGAAAUUCCUAUAGCUUAAAUGUAAUUUUUAAAAAAUGCUGUAAGCAUUGCUAAGGCAAAUCAAAAUGUUCAUAGUUUCAUAGAUUCAUAGAAGAAAUAAAAGUAGACUCCUCUUGAAAACUGCCUUGAUGGUAGAUGUGGGGUGUCUGCCAACCUGUGACAAUCAGGCACGUGUCUGCCACAAGAGGGCAGUGGCAGCCAGUGGUAAUGUUCCCAGUAGCUGCAGAAGGCUCCCUUACAGGACUCAUUAGGGGCCCCUGUAAACACACCCAUCUCUGGAAAUGACAGGGAAACGGGAACUACAUCCCAGACAGGUUCGGAGCUUUUGUCCCUGGUAACAAUAAAACAGAAAGUAAUCAACAGGGGCUUGAACAGGAAACGUUCUCUCUCUACCCUCCUACCCUUGAAUCACCAUGGAGAUGGUGACUGGUUUAAUGUUACAGACAGGGGUCUGCACACUGGGGUGUUCAGCCAAGAUCACCAACAGCCACUGAUGGAGCUGAGCACUCGUGGAGGAUUUGGGAACCAAGCUGUGGAAGCUGUUUUAUCUCAGAAAGUUAGUUGGGAUGGGUACUUAGGAGUGUCCCGGGAUGAACUUUGCUUUUAUUUAAUUUAGAUUCAUAACACUGGGACAUUAAGAUAAUCGGAGUAAUCUUUGGAAAUCUGUAAUAUUUCUUUGUAAAGUUUCCAGGAAGCUAAUUAGCACAAAGAAGGAUCAAUGAUAACAAAUUCACCCUCAGUGUUUUAAGUUGGUAUUUUUAUUGGUCUAGAAUUACCCUAAAGUGAGAUGAAUCAGAUAUUUCUAAUGUGUUCUCACGAGUAGCAUCUGUUCUUGGUUUUAUUCAUAAUUGUUACUAAUAUUAUUGAGCUGUAAUCUGGAAAAACUUUUAGGACUUGAAAUAAAGAAAUUAAAUUAUUCCUUAAUUUAAUGUUGUUUCAAUUCAGCAUUUAUUGAACACUUACAAUUGAAUGAGAAAAAGCAGUGCUUGUGUGGGGGGAGGGGGUGUGAAAAGAGGACAUCAGGAAAUUCAUUGCAUCCACAUGUUUGAAGUCAGCUUCAAACAGAAAUGAAAACUUGUGAAUGGCUCCUCAUUGCACGGGCCUUCCCUGUCAUACACUUGCACCUUAGCUUGAACAGGUGCCUUCCAAACCGUGAUAAAGCCAAGCCCAAUUCAGGGAAACUUGCCCCUUGUAUUGGUAGAAGACAAGGAAAUAAACUAUGUUCUGGGGUCUGUGGGAAAGAUGGCUCCCUGAGUAAAGGUUCCUGUCACCAAGCCUGGCAAGCUAAGCUUGAUCCCUGGGCCACACAUGUUGGAAAGAGAGAACUCCUGCAAGUUCUGGUCUACACACAGAUGCUAUGGCACAUACGUGCAUGCGCAUAUACACACAUACUCUCUCUCUCUCUCUCUCUCACACACACACACAAUCAGUAAACAAGAUUUAAUAGAAAUGUUUUAAAAUUCUAGUAGAUAAUUGAGAUUAUGGUUAAGAUACUCUUGGGUAGUGGUAUUCAACACUCUCACACGGUUUAAUGUGAGUAUAUAAUGGUUUGUUCAACUCAAAUCAGCAGGUCUUUACCCAGGUCUGCUCUGAGUUAGAUUAGGAACAACAGUGAUAAAUAAAACUCAACCUGUGGAGGCAGGCACUGGAAAGUCAGAUUUUUGUGUGUAUUUUCUCAUAAUAAUCCUAAAGUGUUCCUGUUUUACAAAAAGAUAGACAGGCUCAGGGCAAGUAAAUCUGUUUAAGGUCACAAAAUUAGUUGGGAUAGAGCCAAAAUUAGAAUUCAGACCUGUUCAACUCUAAGGUACUCUGUCCAUUGGACCAUUCUAUCUAAAUAUUAAUCAUUGGCUCCUGGGACUUUUUUUUUGUGGGGGCGGGUGUCGAGACAGGGUUUCUCUGUGUAGCUUUGCGCCUUUCCUAGAACUCACUUGGUAGCCUAGGCUGGCCUCGAACUCACAGAGAUCCACCUGCCUCUGCCUCCCAAGUGCUGGGAUUAAAGGCCGUGCGCCACCACCGCCCGGCCUCCUGGGACUCUUUAGGAAUGGCAGCUAACAGUUUUCAAUAGUGGGCAGUAACUACGUAUCUUGAAACAAAUUUUAAUUAAAGAAUAUUUCAGAGUCGUUUUGAUUUGCAUUUCCCUGAUGACUAAGGAUGUUGAGCAAUUCCUUAAAUGUCUCAAAUAUAGCAGUACAAAUAAUAAGCACUGUGUAUUCAUUAUGUAAUAAUAUUUAGUAUCCAACCUUAACAAGCUGUGUUUGGAUUAGGUUCAUUUGACUGUGUUUUACAAUGCUGGGGAGUGGCCUAGGCUUAUUUCGUGCUUGGCAGGUGCUC